CCGUAUGUAAAUAAACCAAAUUAAUUUUUCGAGAGUUAAAAAGUCAAAAUUCGCUUCUCGGCAAGUUAGUUAAAAAAAAUUCACAGUUUUUGACCAAAAAAUCCAAAAAUUUUAUAAUUUUCACUAAAACCAAAUUACUAAAAACAUCCCGCAUAAAAUAAUAAAAGUACAAAAAUGCAUAAAUAUUGUGGAGACGAACAGCUGUUGGCCUGCCACUAUCCGCAGGGCAGGUGCAACUGCUGUUGUGCUGCCACAACAAUGCUACCACGCAACUGCUCGAGCUGCAUUUGGCCACGCCAAAUCAACCACGGCGGCUGUAUGUGCCACAAACGCAACAUAAUCGACAGUUAUAUGAAAAUUUGUAAACAACUAGUUGACAUGCCAUGUUGGCGACGCACGAAACGCGCGCACAAAGAACCUGUCUCCCUGGAGAAUCUACGCGCGCAGGAGCCGUUGCAAGUAGCCACAGCUGUGUCCCAGGCUGAAACAAAACCCAAACAGAAGUGCAAGAAAAAAUCAGCACCAAUCAAGCGGCCAACGGAAAUCAUAAUCCAGCCGCCAAAGGAGUGCAAGCGUGGCUAUCUGCGCAUGAUGUCCAAAUUGCCAAAUUUCGAUUGUCCGCGCAUGCGUGCGGUGCUCUUGCAACGUGCCUUAUUCAAUGAGUGCAAUUGCGAUCCGUACGACAUAUUGCCAGAAGUGCCACUCACCUUCUAUCCGAAAUGGCCAGAGGAAGACUCUAUGCCGAAUUUUCUUAGAUGCAUCAGCAGUGACUGCCAAUGCUGUCUGAAAUCCAAAAAGAGGUUGACCAAAGAAUUUCUCACCAGCUUAAACAAAUUAUAUGCUAAUGUUGGCGGUGGCAUGGACGCUGGAUACGGCUUUGCGAAUUACUUUUAUGGCCCAUUUGAUAGAGAGCAUGAAUUCGAAGGUUUCUUCGGUCCUGCGACUAAGAGCACUUUCAAAUUACCACUAGAAGGUUUCAAAACUAACGCGCGGCGGCAUAGUCAGUUAAUGCAGCCAUGCGGUUGGAAAACGUUGACGGACAGAAGUUCCCUAUUAAACUCCACACCCGAUUUUACUAGAUUCAAAGCAGUUAAAGGUAGCCGUGUCAUUGUACCAUCUGGUCAAUCACCAAGUAAAUCCAGUCAGAGAACCAGUCCUACCAAAAUACGAAAUGGAGACAAGCAGCAUUUCAAAACUUCACCGAGUCAAAUUCAUAAAUGUAUGGGUAGACGGACGGCUUUGAAUAGUGAACACACCGCGUUGGCGACGGACGCUGGUGCUUGUACCAGAGAAAAAGCAAGAAAAUUAAAAGUAUAAAAUAAAAUUAUUAAAAAGUCCAUUUAAAAAGGAGCAAGAAUAUAAAAUUGGAAAAACGCAAUUGCGCCUGCCAGUCGCAAGGGUGUU